UUCGACAGCAACGAUCAAAAUGAAAUAUUUCUGCUCUGCUCUGGUGCUGGGCAUGUUUGUGGUUGGAAGUCUGGCAGCUCCCUAUGGAGGACACGCGACCAGCUACAGUGUGGUGACCAAGCACGAGGAGCCGGUGCACAAGGGUCAUGGAUACAGCUACGAUCACGACGUGAUCAGUGCGUAUGGAGGUGUCUACGGGCACGGGUAUCCCAGCCAUGGCUAUGCCGGCUACGAGAAACACGAACCUCACCAUUAUCCCAAAUAUCAUUUUGAUUAUGGAGUCAAGGAUGCCCAUACUGGUGACCAGAAGAGCCAGUGGGAGACGCGUGACGGCGACAAGGUCAAGGGCAGCUACUCUCUGAAGGAGGCCGAUGGCACGACCCGCGUCGUGGAGUACACAGCCGACGAUCACAACGGCUUCAAUGCAAUUGUCAAGAAGCUAGGCCACGCCCAUCAUCCUCAAGUCUACCAAAAGGGAUACGGGCUAGGCGGCAUCUAUGGGGCCGACUACGGCUACGGACAUGAUGUGGCGCACUUUGGCGGCUAUGGACACGGCGGACACGGUCAUGCCAGUAGCUAUGUGAGCGUGAAGCAGCUGCACUGAUUGACGGAACCGAUACACUAACAAUGGAACAACAUACGAGUACAUAUUUAUAUUUAUCUGACCCAGAACCAGCUCUUUAUACACAUACAGUAUUUUUAUUGAAAUACAUAAGCAAAAAGUUUUAAUAGCCG